AUGGCCAAGGCCACACAAACCCUCCAAUAUUCUUCUUCUUCUUUGUUAUUGGCACUGCUAAUUCUAUGGUGUUUUGCAGAGACAACAAAACCUGUUUCUGCUGCAGCAGCUGUGAAUAGUUAUGAUGAAGAAGAUGAUGAUCUCCACCAUUUCCACACCCUUCAUUUCACCUCCCUUUUCCCUCAAUCACUCUGCACUCCCUCCUCCUCCUUCACUCCAGCAGGUUCCAAGCAGAGGUCAUCAACAUUGCAGGUGGUUCACAGGCAUGGCCCCUGUUCUGUACCCCACCUCACCACACCACCAUCCCUGGCCGAGAUCCUCGCUGCCGACGAAUCCCGGGUUGAGUCGAUCCAGGCCAAGCUCGCCCCGAGCUACGAAAUCACUCGGGCCGGCAAGAGGAACAAAUACAAGGACAGGAAAGUCGACCUUCCGGUGCAGCCAGGGCGAUCACUCGGCUCGGGCAAUUACAUCGUCAGGGUCGGCCUUGGGACGCCGCCUAAAACCCUGUCACUCAUCUUCGACACCGGCAGCGAUCUGACGUGGACGCAAUGCCAGCCGUGUGCUCGAUCGUGCUACCAACAGCAGGAUCCUAUCUUCAACCCGUCUUCGUCGAGUUCCUAUUCCAACGUGUCCUGCGCCUCCUCGCAGUGCUCUCAGCUCAGCUCCGCCACCGGCAACACUCCCGGCUGCUCCACCAAGACGUGCGUGUACGGCAUUCAGUACGGCGACCAGUCAUUCUCAGUGGGAUUCUUGAGCAAAGACACACUCACCAUAAGUAAAUCCGCGGUGUUUCAGAACUUUUUCUUCGGCUGCGGGCAGAACAACCAGGGGCUGUUUGGCAAUACUGCAGGAUUGAUCGGGCUCGGGAGAGAUCAGCUGUCGGUUGUCUCCCAAACCGCAGGAACUUACGGGAAAUACUUCUCGUACUGCCUGCCAUCAAGUUCGAGCUCAACGGGGCACUUGUCAUUGGGAAGAAGUCGGGCUUCGGGAAGUGUGAUCUUCACACCUUUUGCUAGCUCUUCACAGGGGGCGGCAUCCAAUUCCUUCUACUUUGUUGACAUUGACGGAAUAAGUGUAGGCGGCCGCGCACUAUCCAUCAGCCAAUCUGUCUUCCAGGCAGCCGGAGGCACUAUAGUAGACUCGGGCACGGUGAUCACCCGCCUGCCUCCCGCAGCGUAUAGCGCGCUGAGCACAGAAUUUCAGCAGCAAAUGAAGAAGUACCCUGUUGCGCCGGCCUAUUCGAUUCUGGACACCUGCUAUGAUUUCAGCAAUUACACAAACACAAAAAUAGUUAUUCCAACCAUAUCAUUUACCUUCCGUGGCAACGCAAAAGUCAAUUUGGAUGCCAGCGGGAUACUUAUAGCCAUUAAUGGAAAGCAAGCAUGCCUUGCGUUUGCUGGGAACAGCGACUCGAGCACUGUGGCAAUCUUCGGGAAUACUCAGCAGAAGACACUGGAAGUGGUGUAUGAUGUUGCCGGAGGGAGGCUAGGAUUUGGUGCUGGUGGGUGUAAAUAGUUAACAGAAAAAACUUCGACAUAUUAGUGUCUGAAUUUGAGGAUCAAGCAGUAACUGUAGCACACCAUUGAUUUCCAUGGAAGGUAAAAGAAAAUGUUCUUCAGUUUAUGGUAAUAAUAAUCAAAGUAAAAAGGAAUGAAAAGCACAGUUAAAUUUGAUGAUUGUGAGAGUGUGUGCAAGACUAGCACAGUUAAAUUUGAUGAUUGUGAGAAUGUGUGCAAGACUAUCUUUUACUUCAUAGAUAGUCUGAUGUCAGUAACUUAAGAUAUGAUCAUUUCCAGUUCGAUACAAGACUGCAUUACGAAAUCAGCACUUAAAAACAAUAAACUACAAUCUUUCAAGCUGAAGAUGUGUUUACUACUGCUGUCUACGAGUUGUAAUUGUAACUUAACAGCAGAAUUUUAUGCAUACUGAAGGCAUGAACGAACUAUGUUAGGUUCAUUCUACUACAUGUAGCCAAGAUUUCAACUUUGCUAAAUUCCUUACAACUUUCUCCUAUCAAUUAGAAAUGAGAGCACUUCACAAAUGUGACUAAAAUAUCCAAAUAUGUGUGAUGGUCAUGGUCAAGGGCAGCAAAUAAAGCAAUUAAUCAAAUCACUAUCAUCUAUCUCCACUCACCCCAACAGCAUAAAGAAAACAAAAAGCUCUCACGCAGCUCA